AUGGAACUCAACCGAGAACAUUUUCGCGCCAUAAUUUAUUACAACAUUCAGAGACAAUUAUCGCAACAAGAAUGCCUUGCUGAGUUACUGUCUGUUUUCGGCAACGAAGCGCCACAUCAGGCGACAAUUUCCUGUUGGUAUGGAGAAUUCAAACGUGGACGGGUGUGUCUUAGCGACGAUCCCAGGGUGGAUAGACAUGUGACAUAUCGCGAGAUUGAGGCAAAAAUAGUUUCUCGUUGGAUACCCCACCUGUUGACUGAAGAGCAGAAAGCAGCCAGGUACAGCAUUGUUAGUGGUGAUGAAUCGUGUGAAGAAAAGCCAACAAAAGUCAUCCGUUCUCGAAGUGUUUCGAAAAAGAUGGUCGCGACAUUUGUGUCAAAAGCGGGUCAUAUUGCAACAAUUCCUCUUAAUGAGCAAAGAACUAUUACUGCGGAUUACUCACACACAGCCCAAAAGACAAGGCAGUAUUUAACGGAAGAAAACGUCGAAUUAUUGGACCAUCCUCCAUAUAGUCCCGAUCUAAGUCCUAACGAUUUCUUUACUAUCCCGAAAAUUAAAAACAGACUGCGUGGUCAAAGGUUCCAGUCACCAGAAGAAGCAGUUGACGCAUUCAAAAAUGCCGUUUUGGAUCUGCCAGCAAACGAGUGGAAUAAGUGCUUCGAAAAUUGGUUCGAGCAGAAGCCAGAUUUUUUUUUACAUUUCAACAAUCCUGAAUGA